ACUAAAAUAAUGUAUCUAGCUAAGAUUCCACAUCUUCUCACAUUAAGUUUACAUGUCGAGAAAAUCUGGCGUUUUAUCAUAAAAGCUUAGGGCUAAGAAAAUUUCGCGCCGAGCACGGCUUGGGCCGGGCUUGAGCAGCAUCAAAAUGGCACCCGCAGUUGAGACCGACCCACAUGACCGUUGGCGAAACGCGUUUGAAACCAGAAGAAGAUAACAACCCACGCUAGUGAAUAUCCUUUGCCAGCUCAUCCUUCACUCUCCUAUUCUGAUUAGGAGUACUCAAGAAACAAGUCGGCUCCCAAAACUCUAUAUAUUAGAGGCCCUACUCUUUCACCACUCCUUGUUCAGAGCGGAGAAGAGUAAGAAGGCCAUGGCGCUGAUGUCCCAGAGCUCCGUUCUUGGGAACACCUUCCUCCAACUCAAAGCCCGUCGAGUACGUCCACAUGGAGAUGCCCAGGUGCUCCUCCGUCUUCGCCUAACCAGUUUCCAUGAACGGGCUGAAGACCUCUUGUCCUUCCCCGAGACCACCCCGUUCCCCGAGACCAUCUUCUUCUACUUCCAUCUUGCCCAGCUCCCUCUCCUCCAAUCUCUGCCGCGCAUAGUCUCCACCGCGCUACGCCGUCUCGAUACGACAACGCAGCAGCUCUGCGAGCCGCGGAUGCUCCGCUUCACCUCGGAAGCCGCAGCAGCCAUGCAGCAGCAGCAUCCGACAACCCGAACAAUGCUCGAGCUUCUUGUCGACGUGAGCGUCCUCCAUGCACGCGAGUUAUCGCCCAACGACAUUGCAGACAUGGUUAGCUCGCUCCGGGCGAUGCCUCUCGAGAGGGAGGAAGACGACACAGCUGACAGCGUGCGGCAUUAUUAUUUCGACAGCACCGGCCUCCUUCGUAGAGGAGAAAGAGGAGUGAGGGUUGGUCGCGCUCCGGCGAGCAGCUCUUCUAUCAUGAAGGUGGAGCGGUCGACUUACGUUCAAGAAGACGGAUUUCAAGAGGAGUGCGCGAUAUGCUUGGAGGAGUUCGAAGUCGGGCGGGGAGUGAGUCGACUGCCUUGCUCCCAUGCCUUCCACAGCCGUUGCUUUGAUCAGUGGCUAAUGAGGAGUCAUCGAUGCCCUCUCUGUAGACGCCCUUGUGAAGAGCAAGCUUAGGACCUUUUCGGCAUGGU